CACCCGGAGGGAUCCCAGCCCCACUGACCCUCCCCAUCCUCCGCUCUGCCCUCCGUCCUCCUCCUCCUCCCCCCAUCACCCCAACCCUGCAGCCUGAGCGAGAUGUUUCACGCCUUGGUAGCAGGGACCAUUGUCUUUCCUGGCCUCUUCCUGUUGUCCAAGAACGGCCUCAAGUGGCUACCGGGCCUGCGAUGGGAGGAGGCUGACGCGGUCAUCGUCUCAGCCAGACUUGUCUCCUCAGUGCAGGCCAUUAUGGCUUCCACAGUUGGCUACAUCAUCUCCUCAUCCUGCAAGCACAUUAUCGAUGACCAGCACUGGCUGACUUCCAGCUACACCCAGUUUGCAGUCCCUUACUUCAUCUAUGAUAUCUAUGCUAUGUUCCUGUGCCAUUGGCACAGGUACCAGGUCAAAGGGCACGAGUCAAGAUGUGUUGAGACCCAGACGCUGCACACUGCCAUACGUGCCUACUUGCACAAGGAAUUGCUGAUGGUGAUUCACCAUCUUUUCAUGGUGUUGGUUUGCUUCCCUGUGUCUGUGCUGUGGCGUCAAGGCAAAGGUGACUUCUUCCUGGGUUGCAUGUUGAUGGCUGAACUCAGUACCCCUUUUGUCUGCCUGGGGAAGGUACUUAUCCUGUACAAGCAGCAGCACACUCUUCUCCACAAGGUGAAUGGCAUGGCCAUGCUAGUCACAUUCUUCUUCUGCCGAAUCCUGCUCUUUCCAUACAUGUACUGGGUAUAUGGGCAGUAUGCUGGCUUGCCCUUCUACCGUGUACCCUUCUCCAUCCCCGCCGAGUACAACUUGGGAUCAGCCAUCCUCAUGGCUCCCCAGAUAUACUGGUUUGGCCUCAUCUGCCGUGGAGCUUUCCGUGUCUUCCGUGCCCGGGGUACCGCCAAGGAACAAGUAUUGCGAAACGGGCACAGGAUGGAUACCCAGGCACUGGACUAAUGGCUCUCUUGCCCCCUCCCUCAGCUGCAAAUGGACAAGCCGCCUUUCCCCCCUAUGACUUAUUUAUUGGGGUGAUGGGAGGGAGUGGGGAAGCUGGCUCCUAAGCCAAAAGGAAAAACGGGAGGGUCAGGGAAGUGGG